AUGGACAGAGCGCUUGGCAGUCAAGAAAGAGGGAAAGCGCGCACCGCACGCGCUGACUUUCACAAUACCCUCAAGCGCAAGAUUUCGACUUCACCACCCGCAUCAGCAUCAACAGACUCAACCUCCUCACUUCCAAAGACGGAGCCGCGAGGAACACGGCGAAACUACGAGCAAUACAACACUCGCCCUAUCCCUGAUUCAGUAAAGAAACGUUUGCAAAUGGAUUUUAGCAGAGCUCCAAAGGGCGAACAGGCGUCCGCUCAAGACAAGAGCCAGCUGAUCAUUCGCUUCUACGAUCCUGAUAUAUACGCCAAGGAUGCACUUGGCCGCCAGCUCCGCCAGAUACUAGCGUGGCCAGACCAACGGCUAGAGUCUUCUCAUAACUACAUCCAGAUGCUCUUUCCGCUGCCAGAAGGCUCUCCAUUCAAUAUGGAAGCCCCAAUCAUCAAUCUUGAAGUAAUGCAGGCGUUUCGUUCCCGGAGUGAGCUACGGCAGGAACUAAGACGAAGCUUUGAGCGUAUGCUUAGCUUCUAUGGUUUCAAGGAGUCUAGCAAGUCAGAAGAAGAGCUGCAGAAAGAGAAAGAUUCAGCCCCUGAGGCAGAUAAAUCGGUCGCCUCCACGUCUUCGUUCCCACAAGGCGCCCAUACCAAUAUCUCCGUGUCCAAGUUGCUCCCAUAUCACAUCGUUCGCACACCUAAUUUCCGGAAGAAGUUUACCAAUUGGGCCGUUCAAUUCGAUCAUAACCAUCUUCGUAUCACGCGUAUCCUCCGCUCGCUACGUGUCUUGGGUCUACAGAAAGAGUACAAGGCCUUUUUUGCUGCACUCGAACGCGCAUACAAUGACCCUAUGAUCAGCAUUAGUGCCAAGAGCAUGAGCUUCUGGAGGCUAGCUGUUGAAAGUCCCUUGCACUUGGCGCCUGACGGCCAAAAGUGCAAGUGGCUGACUGACUGGGAGAAACAGCAAGAGAGCAUGAAACUGGUGGAUGAAAAGAGACAGAGAGAUGAGCAGCACGGUGCGCAGGACACAGAUUCGACCAAGAUCGACAAUGACCUGAAAAAGUCUGAUGAUGACAUAUUAGGCAUCCUCGCGCUGCCUACUAUGAUAGACUUCGUAGUAGUUUUACUAUAG